UCGACCGAUCCGGCGGGCGCGCGCCGCUCGAUUCAGUCCCUGCUAUCGCACCGACGGUACCGCUCGGCCUCGCCACCAUCCAUGACGGCUGCCGAUCACAACCUCUAACACAACAAAACCUACCGCGAAAACGUUACAUACGUCGCAUACGAGUUCGAUUUUUAAACAUAAAACGAUAGAAUCUGAACACGAUUUAUAAAAUGAUACGUCGCGUGUGACAAGAGCUGAGGACUUUUGUUGUGUCAUGUGAGAUUGUGCAAAAGCUGUUUUGCAUUCGAGGUUUUAAGAGCGGUACCGGUGAAAAGCGACAACGUAUAAUAUGACAUAAUUUCAAGAAUAAAGUAAUAUGAAAUGUAGAUUACUUCUGAAGCGUUAAAAGCAAUAAGAGUGAGGAUGUAGGGGGAACGUGUUACGAAAAGCAUGUUAGAUGGGAUCCCCAUGGAGUCUCGUGGGCACCUAAGUCAGGGUCUGCCCUCCAAAUAUCGACCCGAGGCAACGUACAGAAGCUGCUCUCAAUCGUUGCCACUGGAUAUUCUAUGGUUACCUCGUUCAGCGUUCCGACCAGCAGACGGCGAGCUGGCGGACUGCGUGUUGGUGGUCGGAGUGUCGCGGCCGAAGCUCGCCGCGGCCCUCCUCUCCGUCACCUUGCUGUCACUCUUUCUCACGUUCCAUGUUCUCUAUGACAGCGCGCUUUACAGCAUACAGGCGGCGAGUAUAGCGUCAGCUGCUAGCGAGGGUCGUAAGAUAUUACAAAAUCAAGAGGGCAGCCGAACGAUAAGCCACCCUAUGGCCUUAAGAAAACGGAUCAAAACUCCUCGGACUCCUCGACCUGCCCGAAGACUACCCCAGGCACUUAUCAUCGGUGUGCGCAAAUGUGGAACCCGUGCUUUGCUCGAGAUGUUGUAUCUCCACCCAAUGGUUCAGAAGGCUUCAGGGGAAGUGCAUUUCUUUGAUCGCGAUGAAAACUACGCUCUUGGUCUCGAGUGGUACAGAAGCAAAAUGCCACUUUCAUUCAAAGGGCAGAUUACAAUCGAGAAAAGUCCAAGUUACUUUGUAACACCAGAGGUACCGGAACGUGUACGAGCUAUGAACUCCUCCGUACGGUUGUUGCUGAUAGUGCGUGAGCCAGUGACCCGCGCGAUAUCUGACUACACACAGCUGCGCAGCCGCGCCACCCCGUCUGCGCCUGCGCUCUCCUCUCCCGGCCAUCCAUUGUCAGACGCUACAAAACCUUUCGAACAUCUAGCUAUAUCACCGGACGGUUCCAUAAAUGUUGCUUAUAGGCCAAUCGCAAUAUCUCUCUAUCACGCAUAUUUGCAUCGAUGGCUGGAAGUUUUCCCAAGGGAGCAAAUCUUGGUGGUUAAUGGCGAUCAGUUGAUUGAAGAUCCUGUCCCGCAACUUCGUCGCAUCGAGAAGUUUCUUGGUCUCGAACAUAAAAUCGGCAGGAAGAACUUCUACUUCAACGAAACAAAGGGGUUUUAUUGCUUACGCAACGAUACGUCGGAUAAGUGCCUGCGGGAAACUAAAGGUCGGAAGCACCCCAGAGUGGACCCUGCAGUUGUUACAAAGCUGCGAAAAUUUUUCGUGCAACACAACCAAAGGUUUUAUGAUCUCGUGGGCGAAGAUCUCGGCUGGCCAGAAGAUUAAGCCGACCCGCCGAAUUGUUAUGAGAAAGUCAGAAAGUCGUUGUGAUGAUACAUAUCAAUGUAACUCUUACAUAUCACUAGUCGAUAAGGAUUUUUAAAAAAUGUUUAUGUAUACAUUAUAGAAUAUUGUAGUAUAAGCAAUUUUAAAUAUUGUAAUAUUUUAUUUAUACACAAAAUUAAAAUAUCAAUUAUUUUAUUUACAAAACCGUUACUAUUGUUGGCUAUUUAUAGUAUCCUAAUUUUGUUGAUUUCAUAAGUACAUAAUAUUUUAUAAUAAUUGUUCUGGAUUAGUAGUUUCGGUGUGGGAACAAAAAUUUAAGGAUCAAGUAAAAGAUGACCUUUUUCGAAUGCUUAAGUUCUUUUAGUGUUUUAUACCGACUUAUUAAUAGGAUUAAAAUACAGGCAAUUUAUAGUGUACUGAUUUGAUAAACCGUACCCAUUGAAACCCUGAGCAAUAUAUUUUUAUAUAUAAUUAAGUAUUGUGUGCGAUCCUUAUACAACGUUUAUUAGAUUUACAGAUAUGAAUUUACAUGUUUGUGAUGAUUUUCUUUUAGAAUUGAUUAAUUUAAUAGAACUUAAAUAAGUAUAGCUUAGAUCAACCUAAUGAUGAUAAUUCGUCAAAGUGUGUGUACAUUUCGCUUUCUCUUAUAGAUGUUGUAAUUUCUGGUCGUGCGAUGUGUCUUAAUGUGAUUUAUUUAUUAGUGUAUGUGGUUUCCUACAGUCUUAAAAGUUUGUCCAAAUUCUAUCAGGUCAUAGGAGUUUUUACGGUAGCUAUUUAUAAUGUUGUUGAGAUCUUUAAUUACGAGAAUCUAGGGUUAUUUCCAAAAUAUCUAUGUGUCUGUAUACUGUUUUUUCGAUACUAACAUACUUCAUAGGAUUUAUUGACGUGUGAAUGUAAAAUGAAUCACGCUAUAGCAUACAAAACAGUACACGCUGAUUUUAUUAAAUAUAUUUUUAAAAAUAAAAUGGAUAAUUCGACGCGGGUUUUAGAGUAUUUCUAUUUAAGUGUAACGUCCAAGACUGAAGAGUUAGUUAAGUCUAAGUAAUGCCUAUUUAGCAUAAAAUGUCCAUAGGUAAUUUGCGAGAAGCACGGAAGGAGGCAUAUCAGAGGGCAUCUCGACACCGGACUCUAGACACGUAAGACCAAAAAGCACUCGAAUUUCGAAAGCAGAUAUUUUUCAUUUUAGAAAAUACGCUUGCAAUCCAAACUUCACGAUCAACGAAUAUUUGUAUAAUUUUAAUCCUAUAGAACAAAACAUAAUGUAA